GAUCUGGAUGGCCUGGAGGUGAUUGGUAAAGGGCAGCCUUUCACCUCUGUCUCAGCAGAGUCUUUUCCAGGUUCCACCACUUCUGAAGAGUUGCAGACCGAGAGUGACUCCUUAGAUGACUCCUCUGAUGUGGUUCCAGAAGCAGUAGUGGGUCCAUCUUUAGAUUUCUGUGGCCAGCCUGCUCGUUGGAUCAACUGCAUCACUCCUUGCAGGGAUGCAAUUGGCAUAGCUGCCCGGCUCACCUUUGAGACUUUGGCUGGUGAGAAAGCUGAAAGCUCCCUGACGGUGAGCAACAAUGGCACAGCUGCCAUCUGGUAUAACUGGAUGAGGCUUUCCCACAGGAUACCCUCCAGAGAAACCAAGGGGAAGACAAUGCAGUGUUUCUACUUUGAUACCAGACCAGGUGUAAUUCUGCCUGGAGAAACUAGGAAGUUUUCCUUUCUUUUCAAGUCAGAGAGAGCAGGCAUUUUCAGUGAGUCCUGGGAAUUCAGGACACAUCCUGUGUUAUUAGGAGGAGCUCUGCUGCAGGUGACCCUUUGGGGAAUUGCUGUGUGUGAGGACAAGCUGGCUGACUUCCGAGAGAAACUGGAGAGGGACCUGGCUGCUCGAGAAGGUGCUGCUAUAGUAGAAGAGAGUGUGAAGGAGCUCCUUGUCCGAAUUAGGACCCCAGAGCGCACGCCGUCCCCUGUGGGUGCCUAUGCCACAGAGGAGGAGUUGUUUCACCAGAAGAAUCCUGAGUUGCAUUAUCAGCAUCGGGUGGUAAAGCAGCUGCAUGAACUGUGGAGACAGCAUGUGACUGUUCCUUCAGCCUUCGAGGAGAGUGUGUCCUCAGGCCAGGAGAACACUGUGGAGGACAUGCAGUACCAGGAGGGCAUCUCAGGGGCUCUCUCUGCUCAGAGCAGCACCUCGGAGGUUGCAGGCUGGAAGAACACACUCAAGGAGGCUCCAAGUCAACUGAGGAGCUCGGAGGAGGAAGAACCAGGCCCCUCAGGAUGGAACCUCUCCUUCGAGGACUUUAAGCAGGCUAUAAAGUCAAUUCCCAAGGAGGAGCAGCGAGAAGAAGCCCUGGCCCAGCUCAACAAGGCAGCACUGGAGCUGUGUGUUGAACAGAGGCCAACUCAGUCAGACCUUUUGUAUCAAAUCUGUCUCCAGCUCUGGCGAGAAACAGUUGAUCGUCUGGUGAGUCACUCUGUGAAGCUGAGGUCCCUGCUUGGCUUGCCUGAGAAGGACACCUAUGUAGAUACUGUUCCUGAGGAAACAGUGCAAGUAAAACAACCUAUAAAAGGAGGAAAAGAAGACAGAGUAACGGCUUGGCAAGAAGAGAGAAAGUCAUUUGGUAGUAAGGAUAAAGAAGGGAAAAGAAGAACAAAAAGAGGCGUUCUCACCUGUGCCACUUUUGUCCCUGAACAGUAAUGUCCAAGCACCAGAAAGGUAAAAGUAAAAGAUGAGAAAAAGCUGAAAUCUUCCACUUCAUUGCAGGAGGUGAAAGAGGGGGCGCAGCCCAUGGAAGCUGUAACUACAGGUAGAGCAGGACCUCCUCAGGAGCAGGUGGACCCUGUUUUGUUUGGGACAUACCAGGAAAAACUUUAUGUUGAAGUUUAUGGGCUGCUGGAUUCAAUGGUGAGCAAAAUGGUCUCUUUAUUUGAGGAACUAAGGAAAAAAGGUGCUCUGAAGUGGGAGAGUGAAGCCCUUUU